GCAGUCUCUUCUUUAGGCAGGUCUUUGGCGAUCUGUCUAUUAAUCUGUGACAUUACGUGCGUUAUAGAUUUUCAGUAAAAUUUUUUUCAAGGAAGAAACGUAAUCAAAGAAAGAAAAUAUACAUAAUUUUAUUAUAAUGCGAAGAAGAUAAUUCAAUUCUUAUUGAAUGCAAAAUCAUAAUCCAUCAAUAAAUUAUAUAGUUUAGUCCAUCAAAUUUCGCAGGGAGGUUGAAUCUCAUCUUUAUUCACAAUUAAUGCUAGUUCCAGUGGUUCAAAAAUCGUAGGAGAGAAAAAUUUGAGGUUAACAAUUUAUUUAUGUGACUUUUUAAUAUUCUCGAAGUUGACAGCAGUAGUUCUGUUGCGGGGAAUUACAUUUGUAAAAUGUACAAUUAUAUAAAAAGAGGUGUGAUUGUCUCGGUAAAAUUUCAUAGGAAAUUUUUCACACAAUUAGUCCAUAAAGAUGUCUCGUCACAUGUGACAAAUUGUCACAUGAAUACUCGGAGUAAUUUGUUAUUGCACAAUCAAUUUUGUUGUCAAGCUCCGAUUGAGGAGAAAGAGAAUCAAGUGAAUAUUAAUUUGAAAGAUAACUUACAGCAGAAAUUCGACGAAUUUUUAUCCAAUCCUGAAAAUAAAAAGAUCUUUCAAAUAUUAGAAUUAGAAAUAGAUGUUUUGCGACACAAUGCUGAACAAGUUCCUCAGAUUAUUACUCCAAGAAACUGGUUGAUGCUGGUAAAAAUGCCGACCAAAUCACAGAGAAGAAAAUAUCUCAGGUUUUUAUUCUUAAAUGAGAAAUCACGGGAAAAUGCAAGCAAAAAGGAAUUGAAAAGAGCUGAAGCACUUACUAAAAAGGCAGAAAUGGAGCAGAUGGAAGAUACAGGCGAAAUAAAAUAUGGACUUGCACAUAAUUCGUUGUUUCUGCGCAUAUAUGAGUCAACCAUGAAUCGCUUUUAUCAUGGUCAAUUACUGCAUGUUAUGAUGUAUGAACCAAAAAUUGUGUUUGAUUGCGGUUAUGAGGAUAAUAUGACUCAACGUGAGAUACACAAUUGUGCUAAACAACUGACUCUGUCAUUUGCUGUAAACCGCAUUCAUGCAAAUCCCUUAUUUCUUCAUUAUUGUAAUUUGAAGGAAGAUGGAAUGCUUGUACAGCUUAUGACUACAAUCAUGCCUAAUAUGCUGGAUAAUGAUUUUCCUGCGAUUGUAACAUCGCAAUCUUACUUAGAUUUAUUUCCAAAGGAUCAGCUACUGUAUCUUACUCCACAUUGUAGAACAGAUAUUACUGAAUACGAUCCUAAUAUGGUUUACAUCAUUGGUGGAUUAGUAGAUAAGAGUGAUGCAAAACCUUUCUCUUUGGCAAAAGCUAAGAAAGAAGGUCUUCGGAUGGCCAAAUUGCCCUUGGAAAAAUAUCUUCCUUGGGGUUCUGGUUCAAGCAAGAAUUUAACAAUCGAUCAGAUAAUGAAUAUAAUGUUGGAUUUAAGGCAUACAAAAGAUUGGAAGACAGCAUUAAAGCAUGUACCAACUAGGAAAUUAAAAGAUUCUAGAGAGCAUAUGUUAAAGUCAAAAUUGAAGAAAGUUUUUGAAAAAACUCAAAGAUAUUCCAAUAUUAUGAAUUCAGAUUCUGAAACUCAAAUAGAUUUUACAUUUGCUAACAGAAAAUCUAACAAUUGAUUAUUUUUUAUAAAUUGAUAACUGUAUAUCAGGGGUUGUAAUAAAUUACAUCAGAAAAGAA